CGAAUACAACAACGUACGGUCAUUAUAGCUGUAUUUAGACUGAAAGAUACCCCAAAUUCAGUCCACGUGGUUUUCUUUUCUUCUCCUUCUUCUUCUUCUUCUUCUUUUUUUUUUUUUUUUUUAAUACGUGGUUUUCUUCGCCAGGUUUAAAAAGUGCCAAAAAAACAGAAAAAGAGCAGCAAACAUGGGUGAUCAGGGUCCAAUGGCUUCCGCGUCGACUCUGGAUUUUAUUGUGGGAGUUGAGGAAUAUCUAGACGAGGCAGGAUUCGACCCAAUUACGAGCAGAAAAUACGUAAAUGAACUCGUCAUGGAUCCAGCCAACGUCGGUUUGACAAAAGAGUACCUCGCCGGCCGAGUUGUGGAUAAGCUUAUACAGUCUGGAUGUCAGGACGGAGGCCUUUUUUGGGAAACAGGCUCUCGACAGACGGAACAGGUUAGGGCCUCUGCCGAUGUACAGCAGCCGCACGAUGUGCACAAUGUGACACGAUCUCCACUGAGGAGCGGAGGGGUGUCAGUCUCCACAGGUGAAGCAGCACUGUCCGAGGUGCAGAGGGGGGAGGUGGUAUUGCCGGCACCUGAGGGAGGAGCGGCCGCUGAGCCUGGAUCAGAGUCAAAAAAGCGAGGUGGCGGGCAAGGGUAUACGACAGAAAAUGAGGGGGGUAGACCCAUCAUUGCCGAUGUAUCCGACCCAGUGCCGAUGGGUGCCUGCCUGGCAAGGGAGCAAGCGUGCAAGAUGGGUAGUUCCAAUUCAGAUCGUUCGGAAGGAGAGAACAGAUCAGGCACGGCAAGGGAGGAGAAUGCAGCCAUGGCCGCCAUACCAUCCGGUGACGGGAAGCAUCCUGAAACUGAAACUGAGGUGCAAACUCGUGUUCCCUCUGCACACAACCCUGUGUUAGAGAAGGGUGGCAACAAUAGGGUGGAAAGUGUAUACCAGAGAAGGAGAAAAUACGAUAAUACUAAGCGAUGUGGUGGAGAUGAUGUUGCAGCGAACAGCGGUCGAUGCGGUGCAAGUGGUGGGGGUGUUGGAAGUAAUGAGAGGGGAAGUGGGGGGGUAGAAGAGAGAAUGCAGCAGGAGUGUCGCGGAUGCAACACAGGUAAUGAAACUCAGGCUGUGAAUAGUGAAAGAACGGACAUCAACACUGGUCGCCCGUGCAGUGUGAACGCGAGCGAUGUAAUCCGGUUUUCAAGCGAAAUAUGCAAAGGAGUACCAAAGGCCGGACUGCAAAUUCCGUUCGGCAAUGAGCACAUCGAGUGCGACGGAGUGAGAGUGACUGAGGUCCGCGUUCGGGUGGCAAGCAGCGAUGCAAAGGCGAGUCAGGUGAUGGAGGCGAAAAGUGGUGCGCGCGCAGAGAAUCUGGGGUUGCCAGCCCAUUGUGGUGGGAAGGCGAUGGAUGCGGGAAAUAAGGAGGAGGAUACAGCGGUCAGGACUCAAAGAAGUUGCUCUCGUGCUCUCGAAGAUGAAGAAUUUCAAGUUUUUCAGGGAAGAGUGGAACAGAAAGGCGACUCGCAUGCGGGUGCUGAGAACGGAGCUGCACCAUCAGGCAGGGCUCAAACAAAUGAUGCGCAUAGAGACAGUCAAGAAGGUUGGACUAAAUACGGCAUGGAAAAGAGGAGGAGGGAGGAGAACAGGCCUGGCCGCUCGCAGCAGGACCGCGCGCAAGUGGACUAUCAAGCAAACAUCCAUGUCAAGCAAGACACUGCAGUGCAUUCUGCAAUCAUGGCCGUGGACCAAUCCCAGCAUGUAUUGGGAAGGAGACCCGGUCAUCCGGAAAAGCUUCGGGAAGCUAUACAACUUGAUAGCCAACAACAAGAGGGCAAGGGGGGACUUGAACCAUCAGUGCUGAGCAGCAGGGGCAAGGGUAGCCAAAGGGCUCACAGUCAACUCGCUAAGCCGGCGCUCAUUUCUCAAUUUGAGAAAACGAAGUCCACAGGGGGAGGAAUGCCUAGGAAAGCAGCAGCUGCGGAUUGCACCUGGACCUUGAACCCCCAGAACGCCAGUACGGCGCCUGAAAACACAAGAAAGGCAUUGCAGAGCUUGAGAGGUUCACAGUAUGGACUGGACCAAGGGGACGAUGACAGUCAAAUGACAGUCCCGUUUACGGAACACUUCCUAACGGAGUCGACUGCAUCUGGAGGGCAUAGAACCGUGAGGAAGGAAGCGAUUCCCGUAUCCGUGAAGGUGGAAGAGGAGGAGGAGGACAUGCGGAGGCGCUUGGGAGCUUCCGCUCGGAAGUCAGCAGUUUCAACUCCAUUUGCAGCUGAUCAACCAUCCUGCAUUGAGACUUUGCAGCGUGAUCUGCAACGUACCAGUAGUCAUUCUGAUGGACGUGGUGGAAAGCCUGUCGACGGAAGUAGUGGAAAGAUGAGUAAUCUCGGGGCUGAUGAGGAGGAGAAGACCAGAAUCUUACUGAAAACACCCAAGUCAGAGAACGAGGAACAGGGAUGUGCUUUCAGGAUGACAACCCCCCUUCCGAAGGGGGCGGCAGAUGGUAGCGGUGGACAUCUGUCCAAGGAUGAAUUCCCCCUCGUUGACGGCGCAAGUUUCCAAAGGAACCAGUUGCCGAACCGCGAGCUGAUGAAGGAUGUGAAAGGCAACGGUGCAGAGCGAUUUCAGCAUUUUGUCACGGAGAGCACAGGAGAACCCUCCCCUAAGGCUUGUGGAGGUCCGGUAACUGACCCGUUGGCGGUUAUGAAAAGUAUGACAAGCGAUGAUAAGCUGGGCAGAGCUGGGGAACGAGUUCCGUCAUCGGAAGAGAGGAGAGCAGCAGCAUUUGGAUUCACAAUUGGGUCAAGUAAUGGAGCAGUGGGCAUGGGAGAGCCUGAAAAAAACGAUUGUAAGGAGCUUGUUGCUGGACAGUGCCCAGGGCAAGCUCUCACUGGGAGGAGAGAGACUGUCCCCAAGUUCGAAGCGGAGCAGGCUGAAGGAUCGAUACCAGCAGGAAAUGCGAGAGUCGAUAGGCACGGAAGCGGGGAUAGAAAAGAGGCAGAGGGAGAGUUGCUGUACCAUGUCGUGCAUUACCAGCAGGCUGCUGCAUUGCCGUCAAACACAGUGACUGUGCUCGGUAAAACUCCUCGGUCCGAAGUGAACGUUUCAGGGACUGCAGCAGGAGAAGUGCAGCUGUUGGAUCAGAUUCAUCAGAAGCUAACGAAAGUGGAGGGAAAGUACGGGUGUGUCGCCAGAUCCGGAUGCACUUCCGUUUUGACAAUGAAAAGAUUAGCGAGGGCGGUGCACUUGCCACGCGUACAGAUUCCACAGAAACAGCAGAGUAUUGCCCCCUCCGGCCCGCAGGCUCGACGUUAUAGAUGGCCCGGGUGCAGUUUCGUUUUGUCGAUGAAAAGAUUAGCAAGGACACUUAGGAGAGUGCAUUUGCCGCUGCCGCAGGUAGAGAAAAACACACAUAAUGUGACCACCGUCUCAGGUCCACAGGCCCUACGUUAUCGAGCGGAGGACAAUGUGUGCGUGGGAAAGGUUGUGGCGGAGGACAAAGAAAACGUCGAGGAUGUCGGGAUUAGCUGCGGAAGUAGUAAGGGGAAAAAGACACUCGAUCAGUCCGUAGGAGCACAUGCCGUUUCCGAUCCAACUCCCCUGCAGACAAGGGCUGUAAAUCAGUCCGACUCUGAAGGAGUGCAGGUAGAUUCUGCCACGACAACUCCCCAGGAGAAAAAGACUGUAAAUCAGUCUGUACGAGCACAACAGGCAGGUGGGGCACAUGCCAGCGAUCCAUGGGGGAAAGAGAACAACGCCACAGAAAUGGCACUUCGCAGGCUCGAUGACGACAUAGCUCAGAUAAACCUGUUGGAAAGGGGAGUUGGAGCGGAAACGGCGAGGAAAAGAGAAAACAGAAAGGAGGACUUUGACGAACGGUUCUUGACGAAAGAACCGCCAUUCUCAAAACUGAGAACAAGAGCAGAACAGGAUGAAGCAGACCUGAGUUUUUUGAGGGUUGGCUGUUGCCAAGGGUGCAGUUUGGAGUCAGGGGGGAGGAGGAGGAGGAGGAGGAAGAGGAGAAGAAGCGGCACCGAACGAAAGGUGGUGGCAGUGAAAGCAAAAUGCGUGACAGAGGCUGUCGAGGCGGCGGGUUUAUUAUUUAACACUAGAACAUGUGUGCAGAGCACUCUUCCGGCACGCAGCUCGGAAUCUGCGAGGAAGAGGAGAUGCACGCUAGAGACUGCCAUGGCAGGGACGUUGCUGAAUCAGACAGCCACGCAAGCCGGUGGUCCAGUGUGCAGUUCAGAUUCGGCGAGGAAAAGGAGCUGCACAGGGGAGAAGGUGGUGGUGAAAAUGGAAUUGAUGACGGAGAUUGUCCAGGUAGGGAGGGGGAAGUUGGUGAAGGAAACAAUAUUGCGAAGCACCGUUCGGCAAGAAUGCAAGGAGGAGCAGAGUGACAGAGGAGAGAAAAGGAAAAGGAGGUCACUGGGUUGUGACAAGUGUUUUCCAAAAGGGGAAAUUCAAUGCCAAGACCGCAAGGUGGGGGCAGAGAUACGGUUCCAAGCUAGCGCCGGGGAAGAAGUGCGAUCAGGUAAACUUCGCAGCGGAGCCAAAUGCGAGUCAACUUCCGACGCUAAGUUAGUUAAAGUGAAGCAUGAAACCACAUCCCAGGCAACAGAGGCUCCCUUUCCCGGUCCAGUUUCCUAUCCCAUUCCUGUUCCUGGGCCCGUUCCCGUUCUUGGUAAUAUUCCUGGUCCCGACGGUACUGUCCAUAGGCCCUGGUGGACCAUGCGGACAGGGAUUCAACAGCAUCGAGGAGCAAGUGCAAGAAUGGAGUGUGGGGGAGGAGGAGAUGUCUGUACAGUACGGCUUCAGUGCCCGUCUGACGACUGUCGCAACUGUACUGCACCCCCCAUGUUUGCCUGCGGUUCCCAGGUACUUUCUCCUCCCCCCUCUCACGGUAAACGUCACCAAGAGGCGGGAUAUGGGGGAAGAAGGGAUGUGAAUGGUGGAGGGGAGAAUGGAGGAGGAGGAAACAGCACAGGCAUGCAGCCCAGUAAACGACAGGCGUUGGGUGCAGGAGGGGGAGGGGAUGGUGGGGAGGAGGGUGACAGACUCAUCCACAGCCUGAAAGGGGAGGAUGUCAGAGAAGACGCAUCGGGCGGCAUGAGGAGUAACGUGCGAGAGGAAAUAGAGGGGUUUGGUGGGAGUUUGGGGCCGCUACUACUGGUCGGUAUGACUGGGAGUGGCACAGGGCUGGCAGGAAGUGCACAUGGAGAUGCUCGGGUUGAAGUAGGCAAGGAGGAGGCUGUAUGUGGUAGAGAUCCAUUGACGUCUGCUGGUGUAAGGAAUGAGCAUGGGAGUAAUCGAUGGUUUGCGAGCGAGAAAUCCGUGGACAUCAGCAGAGGAUUGGAGGCGGUUCCCAUCCGAUUCGCUCAGGAGCGUCACGGUGCAGGAUCAUCUUGCAAUGGCAAUCCAUUUGGUACUUUCAUGUACAUGCGGGAGUGCGGCAGCCCACAGGAACUCGUGCUGGGCAGCAGAAAGUCGAGCUGCUGCAAGUGCUCAGGCAAUUGCUUGGGGGAGGAGGGGGAGGCGUGUUGCUGUGCGGCAGGGAUGAGCGCAAGAUACGAAAGGUUUUCUGACUGUACUGCCUGUGGGUGGAGGUUGAGCUGUUGGUUUCUUCAACAGCUCGAAGAAACACGGCUGAAAAGAUUGUUUUGUUACUCAGGACUCUGCCCUGCGGAGACAGGUUCUUAUGUCAGCAUGGCAGGUUCUUCGCGCUCUGCAUAUUGCACGGGACAUCCCGUGCGCCCAACGAUACAAGAAUGUUGCCAGUGGUGCCCCUGUGGCCUGGACUGUGGAAAUCGUGUUGUGCAGCGGGGUCUCACUUGUAAUCUUGAGGUCUUCCGUCGCGAUGAGGAAGAUCGCUGGAGACUGCGUACUCUAACGUUUAUACCAAAAGGCAUGUUUGUGUGCGAGUUUGCCGGGGAGGUAAUCACUUGUGCGGAAAACGUAGAUCGUGCGAAGAAGUACAAAUCGGCUGGAGUUGAGCAUCGUUACAUGUCACUGGAUGCUGGGUGGCUAGAACAUCGGAGCGACAUGCACAAUGAUAACUGCUUCGCGAUUGACGCAACUCAGUAUGGAAACGUUGGGCGCUUCGUGAACCAUCGAUGCGGCGACGCAAACUUGAUUGAUGUGCCUGUACAGAUCAAGUCGACCGAUUGGCGGAUCUAUCACGUUGCAUUCUUCACAUGCAAAGCAGUAGAGGCCAUGGAAGAGCUGACGUUGGUAAGGAACUCCGUCCCACAGAGACUCAACUUCGUCCCACAGACCAUGACCUGGUGGAGGACGUCGGAAACGAACCUCCUUCCACUGCGCGUCGGCGGGGUCGGCGUGAGUGUUGUGUGCGUACAGGCAAGGAAGACAUCGGGGGAGAAGACGCCAUCGCUGCAGAGCGACAACGGAGAAGACGCCAUCGCAAGUCGUCGGGGGAGAAGACGCCAUCGUGGCCGUCGUCGGGGGAGAAGACGCCAUCGCGGCAGUCGUCGGCAUGAGUACUGUGUGCAGCCAGGCAAGGAAGACGUCGGGGGAGAAGACGCCAUUGCGGCUCAUUUGGGAGGGAUGGAUGGCGGCGACAUUGACGUCGGUGGGAAGUUGUCGACGGUGGAGAGGACGGCGGUGGGCAGCUGUUACCGCGGUCCUCUUUCAUUGUCAGAUGGAGAGGCGGCAGGGAGAAUGAGAGGGCAGAUCCGCGCGAGGAGGAAGAAGGUCACGCAAUGCACAACGGUGGAAGGGUUGGACAGCGGCGCCAUCUGCAAUGUCGUCAUUCACGCGUUCUGCGCCUUCGGUUGCGGAGCUCUUCCCAGAGCAAUGCCGAGGUGGUGGAUGAAAAGAAGGACAGGCGGGGCGUGGGAGGAUCUGCAGCAAUGCGACGACGCCACAGAGGACUUCUUUUGGGACAAGCUGCACAUGUCGCCACGUGUCUUUCGGGAGAUGCGGAAGCUCCGUCGUCGUUACUACAGCGGCGUGUGACAUUCAACAGGGAGCCACUGCAGCCUGAUCAGACGUCGCGUACGCGUUGUAUCGGUGGGCAUCGGGGGAGACGUACGAGAGCAGCACGUGUAACUCGGCAUCGGCAGAGC